AAAAGAAGAAGAACAAGUCGAAUCGAAGAAGAAGAGAAAAAAGGCGUCACCGAAAGCGCAAGCUGCGAGGCUGUUCUCCGCUGUGACGUCUCGUCUCUUCCUCCUCCUCAGGAAGUCCAGCGAGUCCACCUCCCUCUCCUGCUCCACCACCACCACCUCCUCCUUCCAAAGAUUCCUUCUCUUCUUCUUCGUUUCAGGCGCUGCGCGUCUGCGGGAUUUGGGGAGGGGAGCGGCGGCGGAGAUGCACCCGAAGCUGUCGCGGUUCGCGCACAGGGUGCUCUGCUGCGGGAGGAAAGGCUCCGGGGAGGAUUUGAGUGAUGAGGGGAGCGGAUCGUUGAGGUGGGUGUUUUCAUUGCGGGAGCUUCGGUCAGCUACAAAUAGCUUCAACUAUGAUAACAAGAUUGGAGAAGGACCAUUCGGAAGUGUCUAUUGGGGACAAGUUUGGGAUGGUUCUCAGAUUGCUGUUAAGAAGUUGAAGUGCGCAAAGAAUGGGACAGAAACAGAAUUUGCUUCAGAUGUUGAAAUUCUGGGAAGAGUGAGGCACAAAAACCUCUUGAGUUUCCGUGGAUAUUGUGCUGAUGGACCUGAACGCGUUCUGGUGUAUGACUUCAUGCCAAAUUCAAGUCUUUAUGCACAUCUGCACGGAACACAUUCUACAGAGUGCCUUCUUGACUGGCGGAGGAGAACAUUUAUUGCAAUUGGUGCUGCUCGAGCUCUAGCGUAUCUUCACCACCACGCAACACCCCAGAUAAUCCAUGGGAGCGUCAAGGCUACUAAUGUGCUACUCGAUUCAAAUUUCCAGGCACAUCUUGGUGACUUUGGUCUGAUAAGGUUCAUCCCAGAUGGGGUGGAUCAUGAUAAGAUAAUCAGUGAAAACCAACGUGGCUAUCUUGCUCCUGAGUACAUUAUGUUUGGCAAACCUACAAUAGGUUGUGAUGUCUACAGCUUUGGCAUAAUACUGUUGGAGCUAUCUAGUGGGAGAAGACCAGUGGAAAGGUCGGGCUCUGCCAAAAUGUGUGGGGUUCGAAACUGGGUGCUCCCUUUGGCAAAAGAUGGCAGAUACGAUGAAAUUGUGGACUCCAAACUCAAUGAUAAGUAUUCUGAAUCUGAACUAAAAAGAGUAGUGUUGGUUGGUCUGGCUUGCACACACAGAGAACCUGAAAAGAGACCGACAAUGCUCGAAGUUGUAUCGAUGCUGAAAGGUGAAUCUAAAGAGAUGCUUUCCAGGCUUGAAAAUGAUGAAUUGUUCAGGCCAGACUCGACGGUGAGUUCCCAUGGAAUGUCAACACCAGAGGGGAGCUCGGACUGUGUGCCCAAGAAUGAUCAAGAAUUGGCAGCGGCAUGAUGGAUUAGUACCCUAGGAAAUGUAGAGUCGCAUUUUUUUUGUGGGAUUGGUGCUUGGUCUGCUUGGUUUGGCAUGAUUCAAAUGUACAGGCAUUGUCAUUUGUGAAGGUUUCUCCUCUUUUUGGAGAGAGGAAAUUAGAUGAAUGAUGAGUUAGCAGUUAUACAUGGUGCUUUUUUUGGCAAAGAAUUAUUAUACAUGGUGCUUUUUGUGUGCACUGGAUAGAAGAUCCAUAUACUUGGCCUGAUGUUUGGGUAUGAUUGGUCAUGUUGUCAUAUAAAUUAUUCUUUAAUGCUGAUAUCUGGAUGAUUGAAUUGUGUUUGUA